UGCCCGUGAGCAAUGGGGAGGAGUGGGGCAGAGAUGGCAUAAAAGUUGGAGCGUUACGAGGAGCAGCGCCCUGGGCCUGUGCUUGGAGAGCGGUCUCAGUUCUCCCUAAACUCUUUUUGCAUCAAGUGCCUCUUGUCCCCUGCAGAAGGGAGUUCUGGCAGCUGUUGCUAACGUUGCGACCUCUGUAGCCUAUAAAAUCCAGUAUUUGCUCUCUAUGUUUUAAAAGCCAUUUUUUAAAAAACAAACCCCAAAUAUAUUGAACGAACAAUACAGGAGGAGGAGGAUUGAAUUUCUCUGUGGCUUGGCUUUCUCCGGCGUGAAGUUGGAUGUACUUAGAAUUGCUGAAUGCAAGCGAUUCUGAGCUCCUCCAAGCGUGGCAGUAGCAACUAUAGAUGUAAGUGUGUGCUUAACUCUUUCCUGGCUCCCUGGAUUUGUACCAUGCUCAAGAUCCUUACCAAGAAGCUCAGGAAGCAGAGUUUGAAUGAGAUCCAGCCCUUCAAGUUAAAGAUUUCCUAUCCCCCAAGUGAUGAGGAAGACAGUGAUGAUUCUGAGGGAGAGAACCAGGAACUUGCUCAGAUCGACAGAGAGAGAAGGCGGAAUUGCACCUUGACUCCCUUGGCAAACAAUCAACUGCAGAACCAAGAAAAUCAGUGCUGCAAAAUGCGGGCCUAUUUUCCUGCAGGCCUAGAUCGCCACAGUUCUGAAGAGGAGCUGGAACGAAUCAGCCGUGAGUUUGCUGCUGAGAAACGGAAGUGGUCACAAGUCAACAAACUUGCUUGCUGUGGUGACAACUACAAUACUUCUUCUAGUGAUGAGGAAGUGAAGAACCUAUGUGGCAUGUCCUUCCGGCCGGUCGUAGAAGCUGCAGAUGGCUUCCAUGCAAGCUCUAGCCCCGUGCUCUUCAGUGCCUCACCUCCUAAGAGACUCCAGUCUUUUGUACGAAACCCAACAUCCCGGCCUUUAAUCUUUACGAGUGUUGGAGCCAGCUUUGAGCAAGUCAUGCCUUGUAAACGACACCGUCAAGGCUAUGGUGACAAAGUCAGUAGGCCCAGCCUUGACCUGGAAAAAAUGCAGCAGAAGAUGCUAUUUAAGAAGAGUUGUGGAGCAAAGUCGCGAGUGAUCAAAAUUCGUCAUAUCAAUGGGAGCCGGCCACCACCUCACUUCAUGUAUGACCCAUCGACCUUUGCCUUCCGCUCUCUGAGCACUUUGAAGCCUUUGAGUCCCAUAGCUCCAGUUGAAGAACCAUCAUGUGCCUACUGAAGGAGAUACUUCAAACUCUCAGGAAUCAUCAUACCAACCAACUGCUCACCAGGGACUAGAUCUGGGAGGGCAUUUGUUUGCAACAACCACCAACAUCCCUGGUGCCAUGAGAUGGGUGACUUUUCUCUUGUGUCUUUCGUGCCAUCGUCACUUCUGAAGAUUGGCAGAAAUGGAAUGUAUGUGUGUUAAGCAAGUUGGGCUCAUAAGCCAUAGUGCCAUUGUGGGGAUGUUACCUGUUACACAGAAAGCCAGUUUCUUCUAAAAGGAAAGUGGCAUGUUGCACUAAUGAGUGAGCAGCCACCCAUGUAAUAGAAAGUGAAGGAUUAUCAGGCUUCUAUAAUCUCCCUUCCUGACCUUGUAGAGUUGUUCUCUCUGUUUCCUCCCAGUUGACUGGCUCCUCUCUGAGAAUUAGGGAGAGUUUCUGGCCUUCUCCUGAUUAUUGAGGUCAAGAGGGAUCUGGCCUUAGUGCUGCAUGGCAGCUGAGUCUAUUCAGCUAGUUCAGGAAGCACAUUGUGAUUGUGCAACUGUAAGAGAUAACAUCAGACGUGGUACAAUUAUACAUUAAUAUGAUAUGUCCCAGCUGAUUUUUCCUUCUGCGAGAAGGGGGUGUCUAUGUGAUAUGCUGCCUAUGCCAUCUGGACUACAGCACAUGGAAAUUCAUGGUAUGUUGCAUGUGGCAAAUGUUAGAUGGGAGGUAUGGGGAGAAGGAAGAAGGGCACAGCCACGUUAAAAUCAUUUCUCUGUGGUGGUAGCUCAUGUGACUUUAGAAUGUGUAUGGAUGCCACAACCACAGGCCAUGUGCUGAUGGGGGAAAGGGAAAGAAUUUUUUAAAAGGCCUCUUCCAGGUGGUCACACUGUUCACAUGCACAUUGCAGUUGCAUGGGAUAGCACUACAGGGAAAUGUGUGCAUGAAAAGAGUCUUUGAUUUUUUGUAGCCAUCAUAGAUUUAAGUGGAGGAAUGUCCUGGGAUGUUAUAUCAUUAGACUUUGGGGGCAAAAACUGGCAAGUAUUCCAGUCCUUGAAGUCUUGCUGGUGGGGGGUAAGGGAGAAAGGAACAUGGACAUGUUUUAACAUCUACAUCUUUUUGUAGGCAGACAUAUGACAAUUUUUUUCUAUGCCAUUUGUCUUGGCCUGUUGACGCAAGGUAGGCUAGUUAACAUGCUGUUAAAUGAGCUUACAUUUUACGUUUCUGUCCCAUAAUACUUAAAGUGCAUAUUGGGGUCUUAGGAACCCAAGUUUGAACCUCCAUUCUAACACACAUGCUGCAUUAUUCUUUGUCCAGGUGAAGUUGAGGACAUGAACUCCAAAGAGUCUUAUCUGCAUACUAACAGUAUGGUGUACAAUCCUGUGAAGACUGCUGUGCAAUCUAUUUUUUUUAUUUUUUAAAAUACCAACAUUUGUACAAAUAUGAACUUCCAUGGUAUGGAAGACCUCUCUGUUAUUUGUUGUAAUUAGAAACAUGGAUCUUAGUCUGUGAACAUAAAACCUGGGCCAACUGGCAAAAAUCCAGUGUCACUUGUUCUCAUCAGCUUGGACCCUACACCUUGUUUCUGGUUGUUCUUCUGUAUGGAGCAUAUGCUCACCUGGCAACAGGCUCUUCUACUUGGGCACAAUCUGUAAUUUUCAAGAAGGUUAAAAGUGCUCAGUGCCAGAAGAAUGCACUCUUCCGCAGAGGACUACCUCUACAACAAAUGAAGAGGAGCAGAAACAAGGCAUAGGAUAUAAACCAUUGCCACUGGAUUCUUAAGGCCAGAAGCUUUCUAAGCUGUGGAAACAAAUUAACCCUGCUGUCUUCACAUAAGAUGAUGUCCAUGUAGGUGGUGAUAGCAGGGGAGUGGUAGGAUAAAGGACUCCUCUAAGUCUAGGUUUGUUUAACCGCCCCAUUCCAUGUGAGGGCAAUACAGGGAUGUGUGCGACCUUCUUUUCACCAGCAUUAAUGAAGUGAAAAAACAGGCUGCUGUUUCUUUGCUUUCUAGGUUGUUUGGCUGAGAACAGAAUCAGUAAUUCAGCUCCUUCAAAACAUAAUCCGUUUUUUCUUUUGUUCCUUCAGUGGAUGGAGAAUGGGAGUUUUUUUCCUGUCCAGUUUUAAUUCUAAAGAUGACCUUCACAGACUCUGUGGUCAGCUGUGCAUAGUGGCAACUGCAAUCCCUGUGGACUUGGCCUUCAUAUAAUGACAAGGGUAACAGUAGCCCUUUCUGCUAUUUCUGGAAACUAUGCUUGGCCCACAAACAGCCAGUGUGUGAUGUGGUCAGGAAAAGUUUGGGGUGGUCUUUUUCAUGCCCCCAAUAUCCCCUCGUUCCACAGAUACCGCUGAAUACAUGGCUGCUUUGCAGAGCAGGCUGACAAUUUCUGAUUGGCCUAGGGGGAAUGCCGUCCCAUAUGAUGCUCCAAGAUGAAGGAAUGGAGGGGAGACGACCUCUGUCAAUGUUGCCUUUCUUUAGUACUUUUGUAAUACUUCUGUAUUUGGUUUUUCAAGCAAAACAAUAAAGUUACAUUUUAACUGCUGCUAUA